AUGGACCCAAGCCGCAAGCACGGCGCCACGGGCGCCUCCUCCUCGUCGUCAUCCGCCGACGGCACGCACACUAGCUGCAAGUUCGAGGAGGAGGCGAGGAUGACGGGGGACGCGCUCCUCGUCCUGGACGGCCUCGUGCAGGUGUUCCCGCAGGUUAACUUCUCAACACUGAUAGAAGUUUCCAUCUCAUUCAAUGGAGAUGCUGAUGCAGCAGCAGAUUAUGUUAUCCAUAAUGUCCUUCCAAAUAGUACCGCAGAUGACAAUAAUGCAAGCACGAAUGAUGAUUCAGAUAUUCAUGGGCAACAUCAGGUAUUUAGUGACACAAACACUAGUUUCACGAUCCCGCCAGUGGAUGAUGGUACCAUUCCAAAAUCUGUACAGUUUGACGCUAUCAAUGAAAAUUCUGCUGAACAUGGAGAAAACUCCAUGGGAGAACAAUUGAUGCAGUCACCUGCUGCAGCAUCAACAUCUGGUCAGGACGGUCUACCUGAAGAAAUUGAUUCUGAUUCUGUGCUAGCUGGUGCGCAGAACUCAGUUGUUGAUCAUGAAGUAGCUCAUUCUGAAAACGAGCAGAAAGAAAUGAAUUAUCUGGACCCCACUACUGAAGAUCACCGUGAUGAACAAAUACACUCAUCUUCUGAGGAAAACCAGGCCGAGCCAACUUCUGAAGAUAUUUCUACGCUGCAUGGUGAUGAUUCACCUGAUAUGAACGUGCGAUCAAACUAUUCUGUUAGCCCUGAGUCCAUUGAUGAUGCAAUCUCUGCUGAAAACUGCAAGAAGAAUACUUUGCUGUCAAAUGUGGCAGCGAUAAGUGAAAUGCUAGAGGAGGUUGAGGUUAGUGAGGCAGAAACAAAACAUGUUGUAUCCGAAGCAAGUCAAGCUGGCAAUGAUAUUCUUGUAAAGGCGGCGAAGCUAAAAGAAAUGUCUACACUUGCAGCGGAAGAGAACAACAAGGUUGCAGCAGAGGUUUUUGCUGAGAAAUCUAUUCUAGCCUCAGAAGCGCAGGGGCUCCAGUCCUGGUUGUUUGACAUUUCUGAAGAACGAAAACACUUCAUAUCAGUCAUUGACGAGAUGCACCAAACUCUUCAAAGAAGGCUCGAUUUAGCAGAAGCAGAAAGGGCAGCCGCUGAGAUGGAAAUGAUUGAAAGGAAAAAAAUGGCUCAAGAAAUGCUAAAAGAACAGGAAGUCCUACUUGAUGCUGCCAAGGAAGAGUCUAAGAAGCUGGAGCAACAGGCAGAGGAGAAUGUAAAGCUGCGGGAGCUACUGAUGGACAGGGGCCAUGUUGUGGAUGCAUUGCAUGGAGAAAUGCUUGGAAUCUUCGGCAACAUUGUACAGCUCCAACGCAGAGUUGAUAUGGGAGUUCCUGCCGAUGAACAACGGCAACUAGCUUCAUCGAUCCUGUCCAGCUCAGUCGAGUCAGCAGCUGGCGAAUUCCCUGCUGAAGAACCACCGCAGCUCGCUCCAAUGAGCUUUCCCAGCCCGGUCCAAUCAGCACAUUCCGGACUAAUCUACGUUGAUGAGCCACUGGAACUAGCUUCAUCGAGCUUAGCGGGCUCAGUCGUAUCAGCGCCUUCAAAACUACUUCCUGUUGGUGAAUCGCUGGACCAAAGUUCAUCGAGCUUGGUCGGCUCCGUCGUAUCGGCGCCUUCCAAACUGUUCUCUGUCUGUGAGCCACUUCAGCUAGCUUCAUCGAGCUUGUCUAGCUCUAUCAGAUCGGCCACUUCCGGGAGCAGCUGGUCUUCUGCCACGGAGUCCAAUUCGGGUUUCAAUGACGAGGAGGAGAUCGCCGUUGCUUCUCCCCGUGACAAUUUUGCUCUGGACGACACCUGGGAUGUAGUUGAAGACGAGGAAUGCGUGUGCUAA